CUCUACGCGCCUCCCCCGCGGCCAUAUUGCGGAUUGAUUCUGCUCCGAUUGUUUUCGUUUCUCUCCCCAGUUUUGUCUCCGGAACCGGCGGCGCAAUCAUGGCGGCUCCACUCGGUCUGAACGCUAAACAGCCGCCGAUCCAGUCCACGGCUGGAGCCGUGCCCGUCCUCAAUGAGAAAGGUGAGGUGUCAAUGGAAAAGGUGAAGGUGAAACGCUAUGUCUCUGGUAAGCGACCCGACUAUGCGCCAAUGGAGUCCUCAGACGAGGAGGAGGAAGACUUCCAGUUUGUUAAGAAGCCGAAGGACACAGAGGCGGAGCCUGAGGUGACAGAGGAGUUGGCAAAUGACCCCCGUCUGAAGCGUCUCCAGAACCGGCUCUCCGAGGAUGUAGAGGAGAGGUUGGCUCGGCAUCGGAUGAUCGUUGAGCCCGAGGUGGUGAUGGAAGCGGAAUCGGAGGAUGAGGGUGAGCCAUGGCAUGUGGAUCGGGAGGACACCAGUGAGGAAGAGGAGGAGGAAGUGGACGAUGAGGAAAUCGAACGCCGUCGUGCUAUGAUGAGACAGCGGGCUCAGGAGAGAGAGAAUGAGGAAUUGGAACUGUUGGAACUGGAGGAUGAAGGCAGAUCUGGAGAAGAGUCGGAGGAGGAGUCUGAGUAUGAGGAAUAUACUGACAGCGAGGACGAGACUGAACCGAGGCUAAAGCCUGUCUUUAUAAGAAGAAAGGACCGUGUCACGGUGCAGGAACGUGAGGCUGAGGCCGUAAAGCAGAAGGAGCUAGAGCUGGAGGCAAAACGUUUGAGCGAGGAGCAACGCAAGUACACACUGAAGAUUGUGGAAGAGGAGGCCAGGCGAGAGAUCGAGGAGUCACGGAGAACACUGUCGGCUCUCGAUGCACUGAACACCGAUGAUGAGAACGAUGAAGAGGAAUACGAGUCGUGGAAAGUUCGGGAACUUAAACGCAUUAAACGGGACAGAGAGGAGCGGGAAUCCAUGGAGAAGGAGAAAGCUGAGAUUGACCGAAUGCAUAAUCUGACAGAGGAGGAGAGGCGAGCAGAGCUUCGAGCCAACAGCAAAGCCAUCACCAACAAAGCCAGCAAAGGAAAAUACAAGUUCCUGCAGAAAUACUACCACAGAGGAGCCUUCUUCAUGGAUGAAGAGGAGGAUCUGUACAAACGGGACUUCAGUUCCCCAACGCUGGAGGAUCAUUUCAACAAGACCAUUCUGCCCAAAGUCAUGCAGGUCAAAAACUUUGGUCGUUCGGGCCGGACCAAAUACACUCACCUGGUUGACCAAGACACCACCUCGUUUGACUCGGCAUGGGCCCAGGAAUCUGCUCAGAACAGCAAGUUCUUCAAGCAGCGGGCAGCUGGUGUGCGUGACGUCUUUGAGAGGCCAUCGGCCAAGAAGAGGAAGACCACGUAAUCUCGGGGAUGCAAAGGGCAUUGAGGCCACAAGAACUUUGUUUUACACCAAGCAUUAGAUCUUUUGCACGGUGAACCUUUACCACACCUGGUUCCGGUUUCUAAGACUUAGUAAUCGUCUGUUAAAAUAUUGUUAAAAUAUUAUUCGCGUGGUUUUAAGAAAGCAGGUUUAUAUUACAUUUUUUCUGGAGCGUAUACAUUUGUGUAAUCAUGUAUCUUUUCCCUGUUGUUUUGCUGAGUAGGAUUAAAAAUUGCAAGUUGGUGAAUUUA